GGGGAGGGUGUAGCUGUGCAGUCCCGCCCCUGCCACCUCUGGGAAGGACAGUGCUUGACGCUGUCGGUCGGCCCUUGCGGCCGGUCCGCAGGGAACGGUCCUUUGCGAUGGACGCGGUGUCAGCCACUGGGCUCGGGGUCACCGUGUCCCAGGGCUUUGCCAAGCUGCUGCAGCCUCUGCAGAUGCUGUACGCGGCCCUCAUAGCCCGGCUGCUGAGGCUGGUUGCUACCUUGCCUGAGCAUGUUCAGCCCGGGCCUGACUUUUAUGGGCUUCCCUGGAACCCUGUGUUGUUUACUGUCUGUCUGGGAAUCGUUUCGUUGCCCAUUUUCUUCUGGAGGACGGUCCUUGCUGUGAAGGAGAGAAUAUACCAAGUCACUGAACAGCAGAUGGCUGAGAAGCUAAAGAAUACCACAAAGGACAAUGAAGAACUUGUCCAAAAGAUGUCAAGUUAUAAACGGAAGAUGGCAGAAUUCAAGAUGCUUAUUGUGAAGACCAAGGACAAGAGUUCUCAGCAAACAAUUACAUACAAGGCUGAAAUCGAGGUUCUUCAAGAAAGAAAUCAAUUUCUGAUGGGUAUUGCCAAAACUCUUGGUGUUAUAUUCCAAUCUAAGAGGAAAAGAAACGUGCAAAAUCAGGAUUUGGAAGUCACGACACACAACCUGCAGUUAAAAGAACGGUGGGUUAGGGUCACCCCUUGA